UUACCCGUGCAGCACAGCGAACCGUGGAGUAAUUGUUCCCCCGUGAGACGUCGAAUCAGCAGCUCAACAAUGCGAAUGUUCGUACUUCCUUGUCUCGCCGUGUGCGUGGCAUUGGCCCACUUUGGAGGAGCAGUCGAGGAAAAUAAGGCCGAGGGCGAUGGCAAGACUGUGGAGAAGAGGGCUCAUCUGGGCGACUAUCAUCAUAUCAGCCCCAUCAUGAGCCAUCAUGAGCACAUCAAGACGGUGACCAUUGAGAAGAAGGUACCGGUUCCAUACACGGACAAGCAUGUUCCCUAUACCGUCGAAAAGAAGAUCCCUUAUGAGGUGAAAGUGGAUGUGCCCCAGCCAUACAUCGUCGAGAAGAAAGUACCCGUCCAUGUCAAGGAGUACGUCAAGGUGCCCGUCCAUGUCCCCAAGCCUUACGAGGUGAUCAAAAAUCCCUAUGAGGUGAAGGUGCCCGUUGACAAGCCCUACGAAGUUAAGAUCCACGUUCCCCAGCCGUAUGAGGUCAUCAAGAAAAUCCUUAUGAGGUAAGGUGCCAGUCCUCAGCCCUAUGAAGUGAUCAAGAAGGUCCCACAUGAGGUUAAGGUUGAGGUCCCGGUUCCCAAGCCAUACGAGGUGAUUAAGAAGGUCCCAUACGAGGUCAAAUACGAAGUGGAGAAGCCCUAUGAUGUGGAGGUGCCAAAACCAUACGAUGUUGAGGUCGAGAAGCCAUACACCGUGGUCGUGGAGAAGAAGGUGCCGUAUGAGGUGAAAGUGCCAGUCGACAAGCCCUACAAGGUUGAGGUUGAGAAACCUUAUCCCGUCCAUGUUAAGGUGCCCGUGCCACAGCCUUAUACCGUGGAAAAGAAGGUUCCUUAUACCGUCGAGAAGCCCGUGCCCUAUGAGGUGAAGGUGCCCAUUGAGAAGCCAAUUCCCGUCUAUUCGGAGGUGAAGGUGCCCAUCCACAAGGAGAUUCCUGUCCCACACAAGUACCACGUUGAGGUGCCCAUUUUCAAGCAUCACCAUGAGCAUGAGGAUGACCACCACGAGGAGUACCACAGCCAUGGCCAUGGCCACGGACACUACUAAGGAUCUCCCGGGAUUUACCGAAGCCAGAAGCACAGAACGCGAGCACAAGAAAUGAUGAAGCAGCAGGAGGAGGAAUUAGAGAUGACGAAGAACGAACAGGGAGGAAGAAGAGCGCACGACAAGCAGCGAGCGAGUCCAUCUGUAUCUCUCAGAUACAUCCGCGCAGCAACGUUGAGCUGGACGUUGAACGGGUGACACGAGCGGGAGGAGAAGAGAAAGAAGGAAGUUUAGGAGAAGGAAGCAGAGAAGAGGAAGUAGGAAGAGGAGAAGACUACUCUUCUCCAGAGCCAGAGCAGAAGAGGGAGGACCACCAGGGAGUAGCAGUGAGAGGACAAACUAACUCGCUACUCCCGUCGAGAUCUUGCGGAAACCAAAAUCACCCCCAAACAAAAAUCAUAUUGGUUUCCGCAUCAGUUUUAAGCCAAAUGUGUUAGUACUUUUAUCAUUGUGUUAGACUCUACGAUUUCUAUUUAAAUUAUAAGCUAAAGAAAC